GGUCAAGUGCCAGUGGUCCUGCUGAGCCCAUUGCACCUUCUCGGCGACUCCCCUUCCCCUUCCCCUUCCUGGGCAUCCAUUCACCAUCACCACAACGGUCGGUCCCGGCGCCCAUUUCUGUGGACGCUACGGGACCUUCUACCGCGCGGCGGGCCCGUCAUGACGCCCUCGGGCUCCCAGUCAUUCUCUCCUCCGGUACAGCACUCUGCUUGGCCGUUGCGACGGCUCCUGCCCGCUAGUACCGCUGCUUAUGGAGCAGCAGUAAACGGAACGCGCGAGAGACCAGCGUCACACGUUCACCCGGUCGGUGCUGCUCCUCCUUCAGGCGCCCCGACGCCCGUCCCUCCCCCUCGUCGCAAGAGAUCGGCGGCGACAACCGCAGCCUGCGGUGCGUGCAGGAAGCGCAAGUCCAAGUGUGAUGGUGAGCGGCCGGCAUGCUCCAUCUGCCGUGACCGCGGCACCCGCUGCGAGUACGAUACCAAUGCCGCCGAGACGCACACCCAGGCGCUCAAGCGCAAGUUCCACGAGCUCCAGAGCCAAAAAUCGGCAUACCAGCAGGUAUACGAGGUGUUGCAGACGAGAUCCGACGACGAGGCCAAGGAGGUGUACCGGCGUAUUCGCACUGGCAGCGAUGCAGCUUCCAUCCUCCGCCAUGUCAACUACGGCGACGUGCUCGUUCAGCUGGCCCUGGUCCCCGAGGCUCGAUACCGCUACGAGUUCCCUUACCUUCCCGAGAUGCCCCCCUUCCUGCGGAACCUCGACAACCCGUACCUCGACUCGGAGGUAUACGAGUACACACUCCGCCAGACGCCCACGCCCACGACUCAGGUUCCCCAAGCCGGCCAGCACCAGCCCCAGCAGCUUCCGGCGCCUGAAACGGCCAACGGUGCCGGAUCGGUGUACGGAACUGGGCAACGAGACCCAUACCUGAAGCCCUACCUAUCUGCCACUCUUGUCCAUCCUUGGCUGGACUCUAUAAAGCCGUCGAAAUGGACCGCCGUCAGCUCCGAUGAUGGCCUGAUGCGAAAACUCCUGCACGAUUUCUUCCUCUUCGAAUACGACUGGUUCACCUUCUUUCACAAGGACUCCUUUCUGGAGGACAUGGCCACCCAGAACCCCCGCUUUUGCUCCCCUCUUCUGGUUAACGCUCUGCUGUGCUUAGGAUGUACGUGCCACCGCGGGCUCCACGGGCGUGCCGAGUUCUGGAAUCCCCAAACACUUGGCUACCAAUUUCUUGCCGAAGCCAGGCGGCUUUUCGAGAUUGAGUCCGAGCGUGAGAGGCCAUGCGAAAAUCCUGAGGAUCCCAACCGGGAACGCAAGGAGAGAGAAUGGGAGCAGAGCAGGCUCACCACGAUACAAGCCGCACUUUUGCUGACUCUCGUCUAUAAUCUGAACGGCUCUGAUAGGAUCGGAUGGCGCUUUACGCUGACGGCUAUCAAGAUGGCCGAGCAAAUCCAACUGCUAGGCCCCCCACUUAAACAUCACGGGCCAGAAAUGCAGCGAGCAAGGACGUAUACGGCCUGGGGAUUGUUCUGCUGGCAAGCUCUGGGCUGCUAUCAUUACUUACAGCCACCUCCGAUCAAGAAACCACCAGAGACACCUCUCCCGGACCCCUUAGAACAACCGCAGUGGUAUGGCGAGCAAUGGCUGAAAUACCCCCUGAGCCAAUCUCGCCUGCCAACUUACCACGGAUACCUCUUCAAAGCGAUCGCCGACUUUUGGACCAUCAUUAAUGACAUCUCGGUGGCUACCUUCUCGCCCAAUCGCUCGCCCGUCAAGCUACCGGCUCACCAGAUCUCCGAGUUCUACAAUCGGCUCCGGGCCUGGUACCAUAAUCUCCCCGAGCCCCUCACACCAAAGAAGAUUGUCCUUCCGCACCAGCUUAAGCUGCACAUGCACUACAAUCACAUGCUCAUCGACCUUGUCACGCCCAUACUAGACCACACCGGUAGCCCUGAGAUGCCGUUGCCUUGCUCACCGCGCGGCAUUUACAAUGAGGCCGUAACUCAUCUAGAGACACUCGUACGGCUAUACUACUUGCGCCACGGAUUUGAAGCCACCGACACCUUCCUCCUCCACUUUCUCGGCUUCCUCAACCACAUCACCAUGAACGCAAUCGAGACGAGCGCGGGCUCUUCCUUUCUCGAAGCCCGGCGAUCGACGUUGCUACUUCUCACCAAAGGAAUCUACGAACAAAGCAGAAAUCAUUUCGUCGCCAAGGCAAUCCUGCGCCUUCAAGUAGGCUUGAUGCGGCCGGAGGAUGUCGAGCUGCUCAGGCACCACGUCGACAUUGAGGCGAACCAUGUGAUCUAUGGGCCACUGGAACAAGCGGUCCACACCAACUGGCCCACGUACUCAGUCGGCCUCGAGACGAAGGCCGAGCAGCUACGGCAGGGUAAGACAUUGGCGACCUGUCUCGAAACGUUGUCGCUGGAUUCGAACUCGUCGCGGGCUUCGAGUAGCUCCUCAACGUAGCCAAGACACCGAACGUUUGUGUCUGGCGCGAAAUGGCGCAUCUACUACAUGUGGACGAGCGCGAACUGCGUUAGUGGUGGAUACAUCAUUUACUCUUUUGAGAGAACUUGGUUGUUUAUCUCAGAAGUGCCAGUUGCUUUGUGGCUUUCCGGCCUGCCGGAUCGCAGUGCUACAAAUGCCACAAGAACACUUUAGCCUUUUCGCUGUCGGAAGGCGACAACAAAAUAUACCAAUUCCAGCUCCAAUUAAUAACUUGGAUAAGUCAGCGUUUGUUUAUUUAGUGGCCUUUAAUCAGCUACGGUUUUUAUCACGAGAGAUGAAUCUCA